AUGCAUCGUAACGAAAUCACUACGUAUCCAAAACCAAUAUUGGAAUACCAGAAGCUAGCUAUCAAACAAUACGUACACAUGGCCGGAAUUAGGAGCAUUUCCAAAUUUUUGCGGUGGCCAGCUUGGCCAACGGAUCAACUUGGAGCCCCAAAGGGAGCUCAUUCACAGCCUUGCACUUGCCAAUUAUCGUCAUCGCCAUCACCAUCACCUUCUUCGUCGCCAUUGUCAAAACCUUUGUCUAAACCACUUACAAGUACAGACUCCUUGCUGAAAUCCAUCCACUUAAAUAACACAGUAUUAUUGCCUAGUCAUGCUGAUAGAAAGUAUUGCACCAAAACCGUAGAAGAACUAGUUGAAAGCACCCAAAUGGUGUUGAGAAAACCUUCUGACCCAGUUUCUACUUUGAAUUUAAUCGAUACAAUUCAACGGCUAGGCAUUUCGCAUCAUUUUGAAGAAGAAAUUGACACACAACUUGAAAGGUUUUCUGAUUGGAAUUCAAGAGAAGAUCUCUUUGUCACUGCUCUUCGUUUCAGGUUGUUGAGACAUAAUGGCAAGCCUGCCAAUGCAGAUGUUUUUCAAAAAUUUAUCAGCAGGGAAGGGAAACUGAUAGAAUUCCUGGCUGAAGACAGAUGGGGCAUGUUAAGUUUACAUGAGGCAUCAUAUUUGGCCACAAAGAAUGAAGAAAUGUUAUUGCAAGCCAUGAACUUCACCAGGACAAGUCUGCAACAACUAAUGCCUUUUAUGAAUUCAAACUCAAGAAACUAUGUAGCUCAAGCCCUGAAACUUCCAAGGCAUUUGAGGAUGGCAAGGCUGGAAGCUAGAAACUACAUCAACUGUUAUAGCAGAGAAAGCAACUUUAAUCCAGAUCUUUUUCAACUAGCAAGUUUAGAUUUUAAUAUGGUUCAGCAACAGCACAACACUGAGUUGACUGAGAUAAUCAGUUAUGGUUCUCUAGAUGACCUUAUUCUGUUCACCGACGCGAUUCGAAG